CGCCUCCAGCCGCUUGAGCGAAAGCUCACGUCACGCCAGUACAAUUUCACGGCACUUGGAAUUUGACGUGUGAUCUGUGACAGCAAAUUGCAACCACACAGUUGCAGUUUGAUAGUGUUUUUGAAAUUAAAGACCUGUAAUGAAAUAGUGUUAAAAAUGGCAGAGAGUAAAGGUGCGUUAAUCGCGAAAUCUAUGCAAAAACAUGCCGGACGUGCAAAAGAAAAGUUGCUGCAAAACCUGGGCAAAGUAGACCGGACGCUGGAUGACAUCUUCGAGGAGCACCUGCAGAACUUCAACCGGCAGCACCAAACCGCCACCAGGCUUCAGAAGGAAUUCAACAACUACAUACGAUGCAUACGAGCUGUCCAAACAGCGUCCAAGUCGCUGAUGGAGGCGAUCACGGAGGUGUACGAGAGCGGCUGGUCCGGCCACGACCUGCUGUACGUGCAGGCGCAGAACAUGGAGAUGCUGUGGCAGGACUUCUCGCACAAGCUGGGCGACCAAGUGCUCAUUCCGCUCAACAGUUACACCAACCAGUUCCCUGAAGUUAGGAAAAAGAUCGAGAAACGCGGUCGCAAAUUAGUGGACUACGACGGUCAGAGACACAGUUUCCAGAAUUUGCAGGCAAACGCGGCUAAAAGAAGAGAUGACGUUAAGGUAACCAAAGGUCGCGAGCAGCUGGAGGAAGCCAAGCGCACGUACGAGAUGCUGAACUCGGAGCUGCACGACGAGCUGCCCGCGCUGUACGACUCGCGCGUGCUGUUCUACGUCAACAACCUGGAGACGCUGUUCAGCGCCGAGCAGCUGUUCCAUUCGGAGAGUGCGAAGGUGUUCGCGGAGCUGGAAGCGAUCACCGACAAGCUGGCGAUGGAGAGCCAGCGCGGCACGUACAAGAAGCCCGCCAACAAGCUGCCCGCGCACAACGGCAACGCCUCGCCCGCCAACACCGUGCAGACGCCGCCCUCCCCCUCGCUGAACGGGGACUCCCCGCCCUCCACCCCCGCGUCGCCGGCGACGCCCGUGCCGCCGGUGACCCCAGUGCCGCCCGUGACCCCCACGACCCCGCCAGCCGGGGGUCAAGCGACGCCAGAGCCGGCCCCGCCCGCGAGACGGGACCCCGCGGCCUCGCAACCGGAAACCUCGCCGCCCGCGGAUGAUAAGAAAGUCGAAGAAUUGUAUGACAUACCUGUCGGGUCACCAGAAGCUGUGCAGAAACUAAACAACAAUGUGGAGGAAAAGACACAGAACGAGGACAAAGUGAACGAAAACGUGGAAAAGAAAGACACGGACAAUCAGAACCUGACGGCCAAGACUGAGGAGGUGUACGACAUACCAGUCGGAGCGACACUGGCGGGCUUGCCGGCCGGCACGCUGUACCGCGUGCGCGCCACCUACCGCUACACGCGCGAGGACUGUGACGAGCUGUCGUUCGAGGUGGGCGACGUCAUCCGCGUCGUGGAGUACGACGACCCUGAUGAACAGGAGGAAGGCUGGUUAAUGGGUAUAAAAGAGUCGACCAACGAGAAGGGAAUGUUCCCCGCGAACUUCACGCGGCCCAUCUGAGCGGCGCCUCCACAGCGCACGCGCGUCGGAGCGCUCCCCACCGGAGAGUCGCCGUACCGCUAACUGAUGUGGAUAGUGCAAUGCGCUCAGUGUUUUGAAUUUAACAAAUAUAUAACUUCCGUUGUCUGAUAUAUAGAGCAAAGUCAUACAAUCCAAAAAGUGUUCCCAUUUUGAAGCGAUUUAUAUUAUAAUCUGUUUUAUUUUUCAGUAUUUCAUAACUUUGCCAAAGUGUUUCUUUCUAUAUUUAUAUUAUUUAUUUUAUGUACUGAACUAUACUUUUAAAGUAAAAUAAAGAACUAAAGUAUAGUUAAAUACAUUAUUAUUCUCUUUGAUGCUGCUUUCUACUGAACUUUCUACAGAAAGUUGUUAUAAAUUAUGUAUUUAGGUGUAUUUUUUUGCAUUUUCGCAACACUUAGCGCGUUGUCAAGCGUUAGCGUUUAGUUUUUGAGCGUUACUAGAUAUAUAUUAUUUAUUGCCUAUGUUGUAUUACAACGAAACCUGUAAUAUAAUUAUAUGUGCCCCUCCCGUUUAUUUCGUCAGAUGUUAUCACUAAAACUAUUUAUAUUUUCAUAGUUGACAUAAACAUAUCCAAGUACUACUUUGGUAUUUUUAUGUAUAUUUUAGACGAGUUUUAUAAAUUAUUGUAAUGAUAUAAUAAUGUCUUAAAAUUGCUCAGUCGUAAUUAUUAUUGUUCAAAUAUUAUACUAUAUUAUUAAUAAAAAGUGACCUUACAUUAAAUUUUAAAAUAUAUGAUGGCAAAAUACUCUAAAUCUUCCAAUAAAAUUACUCCAAGUUAGCAGUAACUAUAUUAUUUAUUAUUAAAACAUACAUAUUGGAUAGUACGACUGUAUUAAAAUUGAUAAAUUCGAUCAUUAAAAUAUCUAAUCGAGAUUAAUUUUAGUAGUACUUUUAAAAUUGCGUAGAGUUAGUAUUUUCUUUUUGUUGAUUUUGCUAUCUUUACUUCUGUUCCUUAUUUUUCAUAAUAAUAUAUAAAUUGAUUUUAUUUAUAUAAUAAUUGUAAUUGUCUGGUUGCAUUUGAACUGUUUGACUGUCUUGACAUUUGUUUAAUAUUUUCUUGUGUAGUUUAUGUACUCUUUGAAUGGAUUAUUUAAUUUAUUUAUUGUAAAUUAUUACAUUAAUAUCAGUUUACUAUUCUUUAAGGGCAAUCCUUUGUGUUUAAUUUGACGUAUUACUUCUUCUCUUGGUUGAAUUCUUAUUUAUAAUUUUGUUUUAAUUCUUAUGAAUUUUACCAACCAAUUAGCUUUAGUGUAUAUAAAUCAGUUAUAAAUUGUUGACCUUUUUAUUAUUGUUAAAACCAUUAUUUUAACAUAGCGAGUAAUUUAUUCGAAUAUACAUACCUAUUACUUUUACUGUAAACUUGCUUCCUUAACUAGACGGAUGGUUUUAGUUUUGUUUAACCCUAUUAGUGAACUGAUUACUAAUGUUUAUUAAUUAGGGAUGCUUGUGAUUAAUUGCAGACGGGAGACAUUUCUCUAUUAUGUUUAAAUUUAAUAAAAUAUACUUAAUUAAAAUGGAAAUUAAAUUUGAAGAAAUUAUAAUAUAACCAAUAAUUAAAACGAAAAAUGUCCCCCUAUCCAGAGAAAAAUAUCAUAUUACUAUACCCAUACAAACAUUUGUGUCAAAAAUGGUGCUUUCGGGUGUGUAAAUACAUAAUCAUCUUUUCAUUACCAUUUAUCUAGAUAUAAGAAAAGAUUGAAUUAUUAUCAAUUACAAACUAUAAUCGAACACUCCCAAUUAUGUUUUAGUUGUAUACUCUUUGAACGCAAUGUAACAGUGAGUGAAAGUUCUUAAAAAAGCAAAAAUGAAGUCAAAAGCCAUAAGAUCAUUAUUUUCUUAGACUACUUUUGGUCUGUAAAAGAUUAAAAUGAAUUAUAUGUAGGAAUUGAAUUCAAAUUUCUGAAUAGUCUAUGAGCGACGUUAUAUGUGGCUUUUGUCGUCAGCAGUGCCAUGCGAAGGUCCAUAAUAGAUGAUAAUUUAUAAGUUUGUUAAGAUUUGUACAGUUUUUACAACUGCAAAUAAAAUGUUUCUCACAAAAA